CUUAAUUCUGAAAAUUACCAUGACUUCCUCAGAUUUAACUUCUGUUGCUACAAUUCCUACCACCGAAUCCCUUUCUUUACCUAUAACAUCAUUAUCUCAUAUUGAAUUACAAAACAAACAACUGCGCUUGCAUAUUGAAUUACAUGAAUUGAAACGCAAUGACAUGACUAUUACUCAGUACCUCCUCGAAGCGAAAAGUUUGGCGGAUCAAUUGGCGGCUGCUGGUCGAACAAUCUCUCCUGCCGAAUUUAAUGCCAUCAUGUAUCGAAAUAUAUGCUCUGAAUUUCAUCCUAUAUUUUCGGCCCUGAAUGGAAGACAUACACCACUUACUUUUCAUGAACUUCAAGGCCAACUUACGGAUCCCCUUGCUAAUGUUGAUGUCCGAUCUCAAUCGUCUCCGCCAAUUGACUAUUUCUGUUCGCAUCCUGCGAUCUUGAAGGGAAUGUGCACUAUUUGCGGCCAAGGAUUACUCGAUGGCCACGGAUUGUUCUUUGGAUACAUAAUGAACGAUCUCAGGCUGAGUAAAACAGAAGCUGACAGGUUGCGUCCAAUUGAAACGAAUAAUAUUUUGAGCAAGAAGAAGCUACUCCUAGUUCUUGAUUUGGACGAGACAUUGCUUCACAGUAGAUUGUAUCCCAAGGCUUCACCACCCCAAGAAGAAGAAAUAUACAAUUUGGAGAAUCAAAAAGAUGUUGUUAAGGUGGAACUCGAAAAUCGGUUAGUAUUUACCAAGUUAAGACCCUAUGUUCUCGAGUUUCUCGAAGAAGCGAAUACCAUGUUCGAGAUGUAUGUGUAUACAAAUGCUUCUCGAGAGUAUGCACGAAAGAUGAUGGAAUUGCUUGAUCCCGAAAAUCGAUAUUUUAACUCAAGAAUGAUAUCCAGAGAGGAUAGUACUGAAAGUGGACUAAAGAAUCUUGAUGUGGUGUUAGGGCAAGAAAGGGCAAUAGUGAUUCUUGACGACUUGGAAUAUGUUUGGCCAAAGCACAAUGCCAACCUAAUUGAGGUAAAAAAAUAUAAAUACUUUGGUCAAAACCAGGUUAAUAGAGAGAUCGACGAAAAUCCCGAUUGGAUGAGAAAAUACUUGAAAAUUCUCAAGAAAAUCCACAGUAAAUUUUUUGAUUCGGCCAGUGUUGAUAGUAGUAGUAGAGAUGUUAGACAAGUGAUGAGAAUGAUGAGGAGAACAAUUCUGAAAGGGUGUAAAAUAGUACUACAUGCCAGUCUGCCGAAUAAGCUUUUUCUUGCUCAGAAAGCGAAAAAAAUGGGAGCAAAAUGUGUGUGGAAACUAGAUUCCUCAGUUACACAUGUGGUAACAAAUAAAGUCGGACAAAAAGAGAUUCGAUGGGCUAAACAGAAGGUUGAAAAUAAUUUGGUUAGUCCUCAAUGGAUCAUAGCUUGUUAUGCGGUUUGGGGUAAGUUCCCUGCUUAUAGCAGGGGCGGAUCCAGAGGCAAGGGUGCGCGGCCGUCUCCCUCCACCGGAAAAAGUACACCUAAAGUGCUUCCUAGGGUCUCCAACAGUGUGAAGAUGGAGAUAAAGAAAGAGCCAUCAUUUGAGGUUUUUGAAAUAUGAAUCUAUAGCAAUUCAUGUUGCUGCAGCUGCAGCUGCUAUUUGGUGGUGAAGAAUUGAUGAUGGAAUAACUAGAAAAUUGACGGCCGAUGAUGAUGAUAUUACAUUCAGAUAUAUUUUACAGUUUACAAAAAGAGAAGGCUCAUCCCCUUGAAAAAAAACAAGAAAUAUAGUAUUGAAGUGUCACGAUCUGUUUUAUUUUGUUAGUUUUACUCUCAUGUUCUGUCUUUGUUUGGUCAAAUAAACCA